CUCUCUCUCUCUCUCUCUCUCUCUCUCUUGUGCGUACGUUGGGCAGGCUGCUGGAAUGAGCCACCACCCCUCGCUGCCAACAUGACACGAGUUUGGGAUAAUGAAACCAAAGACUUCACCACCAUCGCCUACAAGUGCCACAGGGGGCACUUCAUGCAUGGAGACACAACACAGCCAGAACAGAGCACCACCUGUACUGGCAUUUUGGGCAGCUGGUUACCAGGACAAAUGUUUGACUGCAUCCGUGUUGAAGAUUCUGCCUUUUCCAGACUGCGGGAUAUCUUCAAUGCAGCACUGUCCGCUGGUUACUUCCCCAACGGGUUCAAGCAGGCCGAGACAAGGAUGAUUCCGAAGGCCGGUAAGCCUCCCACAAGACCGGAGAACUACCCCUCUGGGCCUGUUACCUGCUAUUGCCCGGUCACCACUCUCGGCGUCUACCCAGCUCUCCUAUUCAUUCGGAGGACGGUCUGGUCCUCUGGUGAUCCUGUGCCUGCCUGCUGUGAAGGAAGGAGUCAGUUGCUGAUGUAUUGUUACUACUAAGUAAACGUAUGAAGCUG